UCUCUAUAAUCCUCUGGCAAUUCCUGUAGUGAGUUCUAAGUCUAAGUGAAACCUUUCCGUGUUACCCACGAUUCAGUAUCAGCCAGUGGUCCUGUCCUCCCCUUCUCCCCUCCUUCCUAUACCGUUCCUGUCUAUACAGAGUAUUAUCUAACAAAUAGACACACACAAAUACAAACAUACACAAAUAGUACAUAAUGGAUUUUCACGUUAUGCUACUUGUGAACUUUUGAAGUUAACCACCAGAUGGCAGUCGUUUUUCUCUCUUGCUCCCUCUCUCUCUCUCCCUCUCUUCCUCCCUCCACCCCCUUCACUCACACAGAAGGUGUGGUCAGUCCUCAGUAAGAGUCACCCAGACCAGACCAGCAGCUGAACACUCUGUGACCUAAGUGUUAAAACCUGAGUUUUGUCUAAAUUUAAAAUGGACUCUGCAUUUGAUAACCUGGACGCAAUGGGUUUCCUGGAAAUAUGGCAACACUUCGAUGAGGACGAUAAUGGCUACAUCGAAGGUAAAGAGCUUGAUGAGUUUUUCCGGCACAUGAUGAAGAAAUUGAGUCCACAGGAGAAGGUGACGGAGGAGCAGGUUCAGAAACUGAAGCAUCGAUUCAUGUCCGCCUACGACGCCACGGCUGAUGGAAAACUUCAGAUCCAGGAGUUGGCCAAUAUGAUCCUUCCUGAAGAGGAGAACUUCCUGUUACUGUUCCGCAGAGAAGCUCCUCUGGACAACAGCGUGGACUUCAUGAAGAUAUGGAGAAAGUACGACGUCGACUGCAAUGGCUACAUAUCAGUUCAGGAGCUGAAGGGUUUCCUCCAAGACCUGUUGAAGCAGCACAAAAAGCAGAUGUCACCAGAGAAGCUGGAGAAGUACACGGACACCAUGAUGCAAGUCUUUGACAAAAACAAGGACGGUCGUCUGGAUUUAAACGACAUGGCCAGGAUUUUGUUUCUCGAAGAUAAUUUCCUCCUCCAGUUCAAGCUGGAUGCCUCCAGUAAAGAGGAACGCAAGAAGGAUUUCGAGAAGAUCUUCAACCACUACGAUCUUAACAAGACAGGAGAACUGGAGGGCCCUGAAGUGGAUGGGUUUGUCAAAGACAUGAUGGAGCUAUUCCUGCGGUUUAUCAACCUUCUUGGUCCAGAGCUGGACAAGCUGAGGGAGAUUAUGCUGCGUCACUGUGACGUCAACAAGGACGGAAAGAUUCAGAGAAAUGAGUUAGCGCUGUGUCUGGGAGUCAAACCCUAACCUCAGUCAAG